GGGUGGGACUUUUUUGAGACUUUUUGCUAAAAGUCCUUAGAAGCACCUCCUUGAGAGUCUUUUUCAGAAAGUCCUAGGACUAGAGAACCAAACAUCACCUAAAUAUCCCGUUGUACUACUCCAUCCAUGCAUCAUUGAGUCUUGCUUACAUUGCUGCGAUCGAAGAGUUUUGUCCCCGGCAUAUUGUGAAAUGGAAUGUUUGCAACAUUCAUAUUGAUAGAAAAUGCAGGGUAUUUCAUUUGGCCUAGAAAUAAGCCAACAAAAAGUUAGGGAUUCUUUUUACUCAAAAAUCUCUAUAUCAGUUUAAAAAACGUAAGAAUCUAUCAUACGUGAAAAUUACAAUAUUGGGUAUAUUGUAAAGAUGGUAAUUGUCUGUUCCCAUUGCAAAGCACGGAUACUCGUCUAGUCUCUACUACUUAAAAAAACAUAAGGUUACAUGUUGCACUUUUCUUCUCACCACUCAUACGUCUAACCUUUCUAGUAUGAUAAUCAACCACCUUAAUUUACUGAGUGUAUCGUUUCUGCACCCAGGCUCGGCUGCACCUGAUGAUGAAUAGUAAAAUCGAAAAAAUAGCAAAAAUAUUCCAAAAAAUUGAAUUUUUUUACACAUGAAAGUUGAGAGAAUCUUCUAGGUGCGUGCCAAAUUUCAAGGUGUUUGGACAUUUGAGAAGCUCGUGGCAAAAAUAAAAAAAUUGGCUUGUCAAAGAAACUUUCAAAAAGUGCACUGUGUAGACCGAUCUUUUCUACCACGAGCUCGUGAAAUUUCCAAACACCUUGAAAUUUUGCACGCACCUAGAAAAUUCUCUCAUCUUUCAUGUGUAAAAAGUUCAUCUUUUUUGAAUUUGUUUGCUAUUUUUCGAAUUUACUGUUCACUGAGAGCAGGUGAGCCUGGGCACCGUUUUCAAUUAUCAUAAUUUACUUACCUUCCGAACCAAUUCCAUUUUAAUUUAUUUAUCAAAUUUCUCAUCAAAAUAUAAGGUAAAUCAGGGACAGGAUUUACUAAACAUUUAUUUACAGAAUCACAUUAAUAUGGACAGGCAAAUCACAAGGUGGCAUACUUGAAUAUUAUAUCCAGUGCAAUCUCACGGCUGAAAAAAAAAGAAAAAAAAGCAGGACACUAAAGAAUAGACAGCCUUUUCUCACAGGGAUAUUUUUGUUGUCCAACUGACAAACUCGUCCGGCCACGCAUUUAUUGAAUUCAGUGUCUCCUGAGAUGGUGACACGAAAUUCAAUGGUGCCGACUAUAUGAAAAGUCAAGGAGUACGUUUGUGCUUGCGUAUGCUGCGCUCCGAGAUCAAUCAGCACAGGGUUUCGCAUUUCCAAAAGAGAUCAGCACAAGAAACAGCUGGGAUAUUUGGCUCAUUCGGAUAAGAACUUUCUAGUGCAUGCAUGGAUGCAUCUUUGUUAAACUAAUGUUUUCUGGUGUACUGACGUCCAUGCAUCUUGUUCUUCUUCUCAGUUCUCACUUCCAUGUUUUGCUGCGUGUUUGUGUUGUCUGCUGGAAGAGAACAAACUUUACGCCGUGAGUCAUGAUCCAAACCAUGUGCGCUCCAACGGGAGCUACCGAGCUCGUGAAGAUACCGCCAUGCACUACCCCACUGGUGGGCUCGCAUCCCUAGACGGUCAGCAUUCUUCUACAUUCUUCUGCAGCGCCUAUAAAUUCGAUCGACGAGCCGCUACACCCGUAGCAGCUACGUCCCUAUGGGAAGCCCCAGCAACGACAAACCUAUUCCUGGCCUGCACCAGCUGCCACGGCCAGCCAUGGACAGAGGCAAGACCAAGGCCGACCCCCAUGCCGUGGCUGUUGCCGCCAAGCCGGACCUGCAGGACGACAGCGAGUCCGAGUCAGAUUCAGAGUCUAUCGAGAUCGCGGACCUCAAGAAGCGCAUGUGGAAGGACCAGUUGCUUCUCAUGAAGCUCGAGGGCAGUCCGGGCCAUGACCGGAGAGCAAUAGCGCAGGGGCCGGGGACGGACCUGGCCCAAGCAGAGAAAGAGGCAGAGAUGCCCGAGUCACGGUACCGCCGCAAGGCGAUGCUCCGGGCGCAGGAUGGUGUUCUCCGGCACAUGCUCAGGAUGAUGGAAGCGUGCAACGCGCGGGGGUUCGUGUACGGCAUCGUGGACGAGACCGGCAUGCCCGUGUCCGGCUCCUCCGACAGCCUCCGCGGCUGGUGGAAGGAGGACGUUGGGUUCGAGCGGACCGGGCCGACGGCCCUGGCCGGUCCGUCGACGGCACUCGAAAGCCCGGGGUCGUCGUUCCUCCACGGGCUCCUCGACAUCCAGGACAGCACACUGGGGUCUCUGCUCUCGGCGCUGAUCCAGCACUGCGAGCCCCCGCAGCGGAGCUUCCCGCUGGACAGGGGACUGCCGCCGCCGUGGUGGCCGACGGGCCAGGAGGUCUGGUGGGGCCUGCAGGGCAAGACCCAGGCCCAUCAGGGUCCGCCGCCGUACCGGAAGCCCCACGACCUGAAGAAGGCGUGGAAGAUCUCCCUGCUGAGCGCGGUGAUUAAGCACCUGAGCCCGCGCUUCGACCAGAUGCGCAAGCUCGUGUGGCAAUCCAAGCGGCUGCAGCAUAGGAUGAGCGCCAGGGACGCCGAGACCUGGUCCAGGGUCAUCACCCAGGAGGAGGCGCUCGACCGCCACGUGCAGCGCGCCCUGCGGAUCACGCCGCUCGAUGAGGAGGACGACGACGACGACAAGGAGCCGCGGGAAGCGGAACGCGACCUUCACGUCGACAAGCGCAAGCGAGAGGUCGGAAACGAGAGCGCGGGAGGAAAUGUCGACAGUGGCAGUGGCCGGGAGCUGGUUGCGCUGCCGGGCAUUGACGUCGUAGCGGAGGCGGACCGCAACUCCAUCGACGAGCUCAUGAAGAUGUACUACAGCUGUCUGCAGGGAACAGACGGUGGUGAGCAGGAGAUCAAGGACGUGGUUGCUGGAGGUGGGGAGCAGAGCAAUACCUCUUGUGCUGAGACCGGCGUACUGGACGCGGCGAAGGUGCGCGAUGACAUGUUCGACGAUUUCUUGAGCGUUGCCGAUGUGGUGGACACGAGUGACUUCCCGGGCAGUCCGAUCUGGCACCGGGGGAGUUCGGAUUUGGAUUAGUGGGUUAAAAGUUACAGUUUUGCUAAAACACAUUUAAGAGCA